AUGGACGCAGAAGGUGACCUAUGUACACGCUGUGGCGCUCAUGCAGUUUCCUAUGACUACGGAGCCUCGUGUUGCGUAUGCCAAAACUGUGGGUUCGUUUCGCAGCAGCAUGAGCUGGUAGCAUAUCAGGAAAUUGCCGACACGCAACAAGGCAACCCAAUAGGAGGCCACUUCGCAGUCACAGCUGCAUAUGGGGCCGAGGCUCUUUAUAUCUCACGCUGCUUGGAGCUCAUGCGUCAGUCCGGGUCGAGCACGCACGGCACAGGGGGCCAGACCGGGGGCACAGGGGGUGUAGCGGCGGCACCGCCCUACCCAGUGGGCAACGACGGUGCCAGCGCCCGUGCCCGGCGGCAACGACAGGAGUUGUCCAACCUCGAAGGGUUGGCGACGGCGCUGCGGCUGCCCGGGCCUAUAACCCAGGUGGCGGCGGGUUUCCUAGCUCGGAUCCAUCAGGCAGCCUCCGGAACAGCGGCGGCGCGGCGCUACGGCUAUGGUGGCGACAACGCGGGUGCGGUGCCGGGUUGCAGCGGCAACGGCAACCGCGGCGACGAGGACAAGAGAGCCGAUGGCGCAUGGGACAUCAGCCCCAAUGCCGAGACUGGGGUUACGGAGGCGAAGGAGGCGCCGCCCAGUUCCUCUGUUUCCACCGCCGCCCGGCCCGCGCUCCCCGCCACAGGCGGGCAGGAGUCGUGUGCCCGUCUAGGUGCGUUGCUGUACCUGGCAUCCCGCAGCGAGCGGGGCACCUUGACCUUGGCUGAGGUGGCCAUGGCGACCUGCACCGACAUCUUCCGGGUCGGCGAGAUGGCCAGGCAGCAAGCGGCGUUUCUGCAACUCUCUCUGCCCGCCGUGGACGUGGAGCGGUUCGUUAUGAGAAUGGCCAGGGAGCUCGUCGCCUCGGGGCAGCUACAGCAACAAGAGUCUACAACAGAAGCCGCACCGGUGGCGGCUGAGGGCGGAGCGGCCGGCGGCGGCGGCGGUGAUGAUCUCCUGGACGGAGGCGCUGAGGCAGCCGCGGCGCCUGUAUCCGAAACCGCGCUGUGGUCGCACCCGUUGGUCCGCAAGACAUCCCAACUGACGGAGCUUGUGAUGCGGAAAGGCUGGCACGAGGGCAGGUCGCCGAGGACGGUGGCGGCUGUCGCGGAGCACCAUGUGCGCGGCCAGCCAGUUAUGGGACCUGAAGCAGGAGGAAAUGUUUUUAAGUGGAAUUUGGUACCGACGGGGUUCAUCAAUGGGCAAGGGCCUCGCCUGUAUAAGUAUAUGUACAUUAGCUAA